CGUCCUUUGUGACUCACCCCGCCCGCCCUUUGUGCCCUCGCGCCACAGUCAUAUCGUCCGUGUACAAAUACCUCGCACUCCUCGUCCAUCGCCCGCACACUCCUCUGCCCAGUACACCCCGCGCGCGCCUGCACAAGCCACACCCGCCCACACCCAGUGGCACCUCUCUUGCACACACCUCCUCUCAGCGCUACCUCCCUCUCAUCUUGCCAAAAUGUGUCGCCGAAUUGCCGAAGGCACGCGGUGGUCCAAGUGUGGGCAUUUCCAGCGCCAUCUCGUCGUCGCGAUCAUGGACUGCAACUCGGCCAAGUGCGAGCGCAGCUACCUCCACCAGCGCGGCUGCCGCGACCCGACGUGCAUAAAGAACUUUGGGCCAGAUGUGCAGAAAGACAUCGACACCGUCAAGGACGAGUGCUUCCAGUGCCGCGCCGCGGCCGCACGGCGACUGCCACAGUCUUGAGGGGCCCCCACAACCAACCAUUCCUCCGACGACCGCAGUGGCCACUGACACGGACCACGGAUAUGUACACCACUACCACCACCCGCCCGCUCGCGCGCGCGCCAGGCGCUGCGACGCGCCCAAUAUUCCCCCCACCCUAGGCCCGUCUCUUAGGAGGCUGCGUCCCUCCCCCGUUGAUGCCCGCACCCGGGGCAGUCGCCCUGCGAGGCCGACGCGCUCAUGCUCUCCGCAGCAUAGACACGCACGCACACCCCACUACCACCUGCCCCCUCCUCCUGUCGCUGUCCGCCACACCUGCUCUGUUUCUCUUGCACCCUCGCACGUCCAUCACGCGCACGUUCCAUGUCCCAUCACGUCCGUCCGAGCCCCGUCCGUCCCACAUAGUUGUCUGUCGUCGUAUCUGUAUAGCUAGCCGCAUCCAUAUGUGUGUAUAUACCUCCACGUCCCC